AUUCCGUUUUCUGGUUGGACGGUACUAUGGAUGAACUUUUGAACGUUUUAGAAGAUACCGCUGCGCUCUUAAACAAAACUCAAAUUAAUUUGAAGAAAUGUCCAAAAGCUAGAUUGACAAGAGGUUAUGUAGAAGCAAGAAUCAAAUGUAUCGAAGAAUAUUGGACUACAUUUAAGCAAACGCAUCUACAAUUGGUAAAAAUAACACCGAAAGAACAAAGACAAGAGUUACCAUAUUUUCAAAAUGAAGAUUACUUUGUGUUCGAAGAUUUGUAUCUCGUCUUGUUAGCCGAUUUAAAAGAUCUUUUGCAAUCUUUCACACAAGCAGCCGCGCCGAGUACUUUAACGUCCUCACCAAAUAAUUCUAAGAUUAUUGCGGAUACCGAAAACCUUGUUCGGUUACCGAGAAUCGAAUUACCUAAAUUCACUGGAAACUAUGAAGGUUGGCCUACGUUUCAAGACCUAUUUACCUCCUUAGUGGAUAAGAACCCGGCUUUAAGUGACGUACAAAAGUUACAUUAUCUUAAGAGUACAGUCAGCUGCGAGGCAGAAACAUUAUUAAAACCUAUUCAAGUCACGGAAAACAAUUAUAAAAAAGCAUGGAAUAUUUUGAAGUCAAGGUAUGGAAAUAAAAGAUUAAUAAUUAACUCAGUUUUGAAGAAAUUAUUUAAUCAGAAGAAAAUUAGUUCUCAGUCUGCAAAUCAAUUAAAAAAUUUAUUAGACGUCACGACAGAUUGUUUGAAUAAUUUAGAAAAUUUAAAUAUACCUACGACCUCCUGGGAUCCUAUAAUUAUAUUCCUUGUGAUACAGAAGUUGGACCCGGAGUCUCACAAAGAAUGGGAGCAGACAGCUUAUUCAAAAUCAGAGGACGAACUACCAACUUGGGAGAAUUUAAAAGAUUUCCUGCAGUCAAGAUACCGUACCUUAGAACUUGUAUUGUCCGUGUCAGGGACUUGUAGCAGCC